AUGACUUAUGAAAUGAAAGUCAUAGGAGAUGUAGGGGGUCGUUAUGACAUUUUACGGAAAUGUCAUACCGUGCUCUUCAUACAGGCAUUCUUCGAGCAUUCGAGACUAAAGUCUGUCCUGCCAAAUCUGGUAUCUCCAAAUCAAGCAGCUUUUGUACGGGGUAGAAAAAUUGGUGAUCAUGUACUACUAGCUCAGUCGCUUUGUAAAGACUACCAUCUAAAUUAUGGAGGACCUCGUAUUGCCUUCAAGCUGGAUAUAUCUAAAGCAUUUGAUUCCUUGAAUUGGGAGUUUCUAUUCAAUGUACUGCAUCUUCAAGGUUUUCAUCCGGUGUUUGUUAACUGGCUAAAAAUCUGCAUUAUGGGUUCAAUGGUCUCCGUAAAGGUCAAUGGUGUUCUUGAGGGAUAUUUCAAAUGUCAAUCCGGGCUCAAACAAGGUGAUCCCUUAUCUCCGUACCUAUUUGUUCUUGCCAUGGAAGUCUUAACUGCCACUCUGAAUCAAGCUACAAGCACUGGUGAUUUUAAGUACCAUAGUCGAACUAAGGAAGUUGGUAUUUCGCAUCUCAUUUUUGCGGAUGAUGUUAUGCUGUUUUGUCAUGGGGAUAAUACCUCAGUCCGCAUCCUUCUGGAGGCUGUUGAAGCUUUCUCCUCCAUGUCAGGUCUUUAUCCGAACAAUUCUAAAUGUGUGACAUUUUUUGGUAAUGUACCUUCGGCUAUCCAGGAUUUUACGAUUGCCACUUCCCGGUUUAACAGAGGAACCCUUCCUGUAACUUAUCUGGGUCUUCCACUUAUUUCGGGGAAGCUUCAUGCUCGCGAUUGUCAACCUCUUAUUACAAAUAUCACCAACCGAUUUGAAGCAUGGAAUAGCAAAUUCAUUAGUCAGGCGGGGCGUGCUCAGCUCAUAAAUUCUGUGAUCUUUGGAGUGCAAAACCACUGGUCCAUGUAUCUUUUUCUUCCCAAGGUCAUUAUCAAGAGAAUUCAGAGUGCUUUAUCUAGAUUUUUGUGGAAAGGUGGAAAUUCUGGGCCGUGUCAGUACAAAGUUGCUUGGUCGUUUUGCUGCAACACCAAAUUAGAAGGGGGACUGGGUUUUAAGGAGCUGUUGGGGUGGAAUAGAAGUGCAAUCUGUUUUCAGGCUUGGCGAAUUAUUCGGAACAAUGAAGAUUCUCUAUGGAUCAAAUGGGUUCAUGCACACUUUCUUAAAAACAGAGCUUUCUGGACUUUGAGUAUUCCUGCUAAAUGUCCAUGGGGGCUACGGAAAAUCCUGAACUCAAGAGAAAUGCUUCAACAGCAUGUUCAGUAUAGAGUGGGUCGUGACUCACGUUUCCUUAUUUGGCAUGAUUUGUGGGGAGGUAACAGGCCUUUGAUUGAUGUUCUGGGGCUGAGGGCUAUUUCUUCUUUGGAAUCAGAUCUUUUGGCGCCUCUAAGCUCGAUUAUCAGAAACGGGGAAUGGUCACUUGGACAGUCGAAUGAUCUAACAAUCAUAAAUCUGAGAAGCAUUUGUAGCUCGAUUGCUAUACAUGACUGUGAUGACAUUUUAUGGGAUGGCAAUGUGGUCAAAAGUCUUAGCAUUCGCGACAUAUGGGAUGGAGUUCGACUGCGUGGAAGUUUGCCUGCUUGGUAUAGCUUUGUAUGGUGUAAGUUUGUGGUUCCCCGGUGGGCUUUUAAUUCAUGGUUAGUAGUCCAGGAGAGACUCUUGACCAAGGACAGAAUGACUCAUUUCCGUAUGCCGGUAAACCAGUUGUGUGUUUUAUGCGGUAUGGCAAAUGAGACCCAUGCGCACCUGUUUUGCCAAUGCACAUAUACUCGCAGCAUCUACAAUAGUUGGCAGUUGGGGAUUACCACUGUUUGGAGUGAGUUCCUUUUGGGGAGAGUCUAUGCUACUGAUCGAAUUUCCAGUGUUGAAAAGGAAUUAAGUUAUUUGUUUGUGGCUGCCACUUUAUACUCGGUUUGGCGGGAACGAAAUGAGCGAAUCCACACCAGUGGUCAUCAAAGGGGAUUUGGGAGCUUGGUCAAAGAUAUUAAGAGAGAUGUUCGUGCAAAGCUUUCAUCACAUCAUUAUUUUAAACUUUGUGCUAGAAAAGAUCCUGGUUUAGUGAUGCACUUAUUUUAG